CCUCUCGUCUUCGAUAUCUGGUUGCGCUGAGCCUGCACGGAAUCCGACACGCGAUAACAGUCAUCUAGCGUGCCUAUCAGUCGUUGCUCCUCGGGCACUACUUUUACCAUACAACUCUCUUAGCUUGUGUUUUUUUUUUCCCAAGCCGCCGCCCUUUGUUUCCUUCCGCAAGUUGAACACUGAGAUGCCGAAGAAAUCGACGAAGAGUAAGUCAAAGCGUACAACACUUAAGCAGAAAUAUAAGCUUAUCAAGAAGGUGAAGGAACAUCACAAGAAGAAGAGGCGCGUAGAUGCCAAAAAAAAACGUCUAGGCAUCAAACCUCCAGCGCCCAAAGACCCUGGGCUUCCAACACAGUGGCCAUAUAAAGAAGAGCUCAUGCAUGAGAUCAACUUCGAGUCUGAAAAGAGGCGGAAUUUUGAAGAAGCGAAAUCAUUAUCGAAGGCAUUUCGUCGAGCAGAGUCACGCAAACGAUCGCGGGCUAAAGGUGUAGGGUUGCCUCUAGAAAAUCUCGAGGUUCUUCGCCAAGGGGCAGACAAAAGAGGAGACGCUUUCAACUUAAAAACAAAUAUAUUAGACUCGCACACUGCAGGUGCCCGGGUUACCAGUGAUAUUGACAACUCCAGGCGAGCUCAUUUCAGGGAGUUUUUAAGAGUUGUUGAAGCCUCCGACGUCAUCAUCCAGGUGUUAGACGUGCGAGAUCCACUUGCAAGCAGGUCUUUGGAGGUUGAACACAUAGUGCGAAGUUCAAACCCACACAAACGUGUUGUUCUUCUGCUGAACAAAAUAGACCUCGUGCCAAGAGAUAAUGUAAAAGCCUGGCUCAAAUACUUUCGUGAAGAAAUACCCUGUGUCGUAUUCAAGUGUGCGACAGGAAGUGCAGGAAGCAGCAGCAACAAACUAGGUUCGCGGGCCCUACCCACACAGGGCACAUAUGGAGGAAAGGACGCUCUUGGGGCAGAAACACUACUGCAACUGCUGAAAAACUAUGCUCGCAGCCGGAACCUAAAGAGGGCAAUCACCGUCGGUAUCGUUGGGUUUCCGAACGUCGGGAAAUCGUCGCUUAUCAAUAGUCUAAAACGAAGUCGCUAUGCUGCAGCUGUUGGUAACACCCCAGGUUUCACAACAGUUUCAAAAGAAAUCACGCUAGAUAAACAAAUAAAGUUGAUUGACUCCCCUGGGGUCAUCUUCGCGUCAAGUCUAGGUGAGUCUGCAGGAUCUGUCGCACUUCGGAACUGUAUCAAAAUUGAGAAACUUACAGAUCCGAUUGCACCUGUUGGUGAAAUUCUUCGGCGCUGUCCAGCAGAGCAACUCAUGCUCCUGUACGGAACGGGCAAAUUUGCAGACACUGACAGUUUCUUGAGACAGGUUGGUCGAGUGCAAGGUAAAUUAAAAAAGGGAGGUAUUCCUGAUUUGGUUGCAGCGGCACGUGUCGUGCUGAAUGACUGGAACUGUGGCAGUAUACCAUAUUAUACCGAACCUCCUGAGCGAUGCAGCACUGCAGAUGAGAUCUACACAGGCAGUGAGGUUGUGACGAAGUGGAGUAACGAGUUUAAUGUUCAAGAAGUCUUUGCUGAAGAGGAAAGUACUGUCAUAGCAGGUAUCCCGUCCGCCUCAAUCUCAGACUUGGAAUUCUUGUCCUCAAAGAGCGCAGGUGCCGCUAAGCUUGACACAAUCCAGUGUAGUAAGGAUAACAAAAGUGAGGGGAGCAUUAUAGACAAAGAGAGUAACAAGGAGGAUAGAUCUGAAGACUCUGUUUUAGCGAAGAGAACUGCUCGGAAUACGCAGGUGUAUCCAUCUAGAUCUGAUGGACCGAAUACUCUGGGCAGUAGUCCCGUUAACGUGAAGUCAUCAAUGGCGCAGAUUACCGUGUUGUAUGAAAGUGUUGGGCAGCUAAAUCCAAACCAGCUGCGCGCUGUGAAGAGGAAAACAAAGAAGAUCAAAGCAACAAUCAAAACAGGUUUAGGAAGGGACGAAUCCGGUUCUGAAUACAAUUGGGAUUGAGGCUCUGUAUGAGUUAUUGUGGCUGGGUAGCGUCAAUUCCAUGCCUGUUCCAAUUAUAUAUACAGUAUAUCUUCUGGAACAUGAAGAAUGCGCUUUAUACAACUGUAUAAUUAAGAUGCUCAAAA